GUGGUUAGGGGUUUCUUAUCUAGCUGUUUCAGCCGGUCGAUGAGUAAUGAUCAUUUACUCGCUACAUAUCCUGGCUCGGUGUCAUAUAUUCGUUUGACAAAAAUUCUGUGUCGUGUGUUUGAAUUGUGGAAUUUCGUUUAAUUACUGGUGUUGCAUGUCAGCGUUAAGAAGGACUUCAUAGAAAUGGUGAAUAUAGAUACGAUACAAAAGAAUUAUCCGCUGCACUGGCUCGUAUGGAAUAACAACUAUGUAGAACUCGAGGACGAGUUAUCUUCGAAGCUGAAUGAUAUUGAAAAACGUGAUAACAGAGGACGAACGCCGUUGAUGUUAGCAGUAACUUUGGGUAAUAUCAAUUGUGUUGGAGUAUUAUUGCAACACGAAGCUAAUGUCAAUACAGAGAAUACUCAAGGAUGGAGUGUGGUUCAAGAAGCAGUUGGCACAGGAAAUCCUGAGCUAUUACAGAUGGUGCUAGCACGUAGGGAUUAUCAAAGAUAUUGCAAUCGGGUAGCUGGUAUUCCAGAAUUACUUCAUAAACUUAAACAAGCUCCUGAUUUUUACAUAGAAAUGAAAUGGGAAUUUACUAGUUGGGUUCCUCUUGCCUCUAGAAUGUGUCCUAGCGAUACUUAUAAAGUAUACAAACAAGGCAGUAACGUGCGAAUCGAUACCACAUUAUUGGGAUUCGAUCAUACCAAUUGGCAACGCGGAAAUCGCAGUUACGUUUUCAAAGGACAAACUGCAUCAAAUGUACCUGUGGCAAUUAGAUGCGAAAGGAGUUAUGUAUUCAGUAUGGUGGGACAAGAGUCAGAUGAUGGAGCAACGAUGAUGGAAGUAGAUCACGAAACACGAAAAGUAUACGUUGAACAUAUGAAACUUAUAGACGUCGAUAAUAUACAAUUAAUGGAUCCCUCUGAGGAAGGUGUACUAGCUCGACUAACAAAUCCUAUAGUUACUACAUAUAUAGAUACGGAUAAAAUUAGUUUUGAACGCAAUAAAGCUGGCUUGUGGGGAUGGCGUUCUGAUAAAAGCGAAAUAGUAAAUGGACACGAGUGUAAAGUUUUUAGUGCAAGUAAUGUAGAAUUAAUAACGAAAACUCGAUUAGAACAUUUAUCUGAACCUGAUAAAAUAAGGGCUCGCGCUCCACGUACGCCUUUACAAUCAUUUCUCGGCAUAGCGGAGCAACAGCAAGAGAACUGCAUUAGUGCAACUACUAGUGAAGAAUAUAACAAUGUUGGAAAUCCGUCUAACAUUACAGCUGAAGAGUAUUUUGAUCCAGACGUUGAUUUAAACGGAAGAGACAUAGGUAGACCAAAGGAAGUAAAUACGAAAAUUCAGAAAUUUAAGGCGACUUUGUGGCUCAGCGAAGAAUAUCCAUUAAGUUUUCAAGAACAAAUUAUGCCAAUCGUCGAUCUCAUGGCAAUAUCUAGUUCUCAUUUUGCAAAAUUAAAAGAUUUUAUUCAAAUGCAAUUACCAGCUGGAUUUCCCGUAAAAAUUGAAAUACCUCUUUUUCAUAUAUUAAAUGCGAGAAUAACGUUUGGAAAUAUUUUCGGCAUGGAUCAAGAAGUACCACAUGUAGGCCAUUUACUCGAAACUAACAGAAUGACGUGUUUAGUCGAUGAUACUUGUUUUGAUGCACCUAUGGGAUACGUCAAAUUAGGUGCUGAGGUUAGAACGCAAUUCAGUAUUGAGGAAGAAGAUGAUCUAUUACAGUUCGCUAUUCAGCAGAGUUUACUAGAAGCCGGAAGUGAACGUGACGAGGUUGACAUAUGGGAAGCGUUAAGGUCUCAGAAACCAUCACGGCCAACGACACCUAACAUGACCACGGAAGAGGAAAGGCAACUUCAAAGAGCUAUUCAAGCAAGUCUGGCGUUGUACCAGGAGAGUACUGUUGCAUGUCCGAGUGGCCGGAGUAGUACGAACAAGACGAGCGACAUAGAGGAUCCCGAAGCUCUCGAAGACACGACAGAACAAUUAAGACUAGCAUUAAGAUUGUCUGAGCAACAGCAAUUAGAAGAAGAACAGCGUCGAUUACUCGAAGAGGAAACGUUCCGGCAAGUAUUGGAGCUGUCUCUGACAGACAAGUGAAGUUUAAAAAUGUGCAAUAGUAAUGAAAGGAACUCGAUCCAGCUAUACUUCCACGAUCACGAGAAAUCUUCCGGCCGCGCGAUAUCGAGACUGUCAAACGAGAAAUCAUUUCCUACGAUUCGUAAAGUAAAACUGUUGCUACAACAGACAUUUGUUAUUAUGGUAUAAAUAGUUACAGCGUACAGGUCGAAUGGUGAAAAUCACGUAGCAUUAACUAUGAAAGUACAUGAUUUUAAUUUAUGUUAUUUAUUUCUUAGCUACAUUUUAUAUGAAGGAAAUAUGUAAUAGUAUGAAAAUGAUGGUACGUAAUGCUCAGAAGUCUUGAAAAUUACAGUUAUAUUUCUGGCAAAAAAGUCAGGACAUUUUUCUUUGACUCUCAAAUCAUGUUCGAGGUCAAACAAAAUACCAAUCAAAUACGAAUAAACUUCUUCUUGUUGAAAGUACGUACUGUAAGUUACGACUGUCAAUAUUCAAAAUAAAAAGCUUGUAAUUCUCAA